GUAGGUGUAGUCUACAGGCAGCCAGUACAGACUGAGACUUUACAACCGGUGGACGUCCUGUCUGUCGUCCAUCGUGCUUUCAUUAGCAGAAGAAGCUUCUCUUCUAAAGCAGCGAAUUGCCCGGGAUUAUAACCAAGGAGUGCUUGUUGUUUUCUACUAACGCAGCAAGGUCACCUUGGCACUGGACUUGCUUUGGCUUCAGAACACUAGUACAACCCCCGCCUCCUUCCGUCUCCCCCGCUCGACUCCCCCACCCUUCAGGCAGUUUGCUAGAUUAGGGAUGAAUGGACCGGACCUCCACCUGACACACUAAAGACCUGUCCUUGCAUGGAGGACAACAGGCUUGGACUAAAGCACCGGGCCCUAAUCAUGUGGAAGGGAAGAAAAUAAAGUGGCUUGUUCAGCGCCCAUCCGGACACCGGACCUUCUCGGCAGCAGUUGGAUGCGUCCCCUCCCCCCUCUCCGACGAUGACGACGAAAGGCUUGUCGGGUAGUCGGAGUCACCAUCACACUGUGACCUGUGACCCGUCUUAUGACCCGUCCUACGACUCCAUGACUUUGGGUCGCCAAGCCAGACCCUACCUGCUAAACCCGGGCGAAACUCAUCCGGCAGACCACCCUUACUAUGCCCAAAGAAGUUCCUUCCAGUCUGAGUGCGGGGCCUACCCCGAACUGGCAAGCAGCACCUUCCCGCGAAGACAGUACAGCUCCCACCACGAACUGAAGGAUGAGUGUGCCGUAGUGCCUUAUACCGGAGGCCAGGGAGGAACCACUAAGGGGGUCGGAGGCGGUGGCAACAACAACCGCAUCCCCUCCAACCUCCUGGAGCAGUUUGAACGUCAAGCUCCGGUUCGCCACGAGGGCUACCACACCCUGCAGUACAAGCGCACAGCGGUGGAGCACCAGCGCAGCGACAGCCCCGGGAGGAUCCGGCACCUCGUACACUCGGUCCAGAAGCUCUUCACCAAGUCCCACUCCCUGGAGGGCCCGUCCGGGGGCAGGGUGAAUGGGAGCAAGGCCAGCCCUGAUGACCCCCCAUCGCACUCGGGCACCCUGAAGCACAGUGGCAAGCGUAGCAAGACCAAAGACCGGAGCAGGUCGGAGCCCAAGAUGCGCUCGGCUAUUUCGGGCUACUGGAGCUCGGACGACACCCUGGACCGCGAUGUUUGCCUCUACCACCACCACAGUCCCAGCCUGGGAGGCAUGCCCUCGGGAGUGAUGACCAUGGGACGCCGGCCGGACAAGUCCCAAUCGCAGUACUUCACGGAACAGUACAACACCAUCAGUGCGCACUCGCUGAAGACAUCAAGGAGCAACAACGACGUCAAGUGUUCCACGUGUGCCGGGCUACCUGGACUGGGCGUGGGGAUGGACGGGACUAACCAGCUCCUGAAGAAGAGCUCGUGGUCAUCCCCGUUGACUGUCAGCAGGGCCAGAGAGGUCUACCAGAAAGCAUCGGUCAACCUAGAAAAGGCUCUGGUCAAGGCUGAGACUUGCCAGCAGGGAGGACGCCAGACUUGUCAGUUCCUUCAGGUGCCCCAGGACGAGUGGAGUGGGGGGUUCUCACCCCUGGGGAAGGACGACGAGAUCCCGUGCCGACGGAUGCGCAGCGGCAGCUACAUCAGGGCCAUGGCGGAGGAGGACAGCGGCGAUUCCGACUGCAGCCCAAAGCCCUCGCCCAAAGUGCAGGCGCGACGGGCCAGCUAUCUGAAGGCCACACAGCCAUCUCUAACGGAAAUGACCACGCUCAAGAUCUCCACCGACUCGCACUCUCCGAAGCUGCAGAUCCGGAGCCACAGUUACCUGCGGGCGGUGAGUGAGGUUUCCAUCAAUAGAAGCCUGGACAGCUUGGACCCGGCAGGGCUGCUCGCCUCGCCCAAAUUCCGCUCACGAAACGAGAGUUACAUGAGAGCCAUGAGCACCAUCAGUCAGGUGAGCGAGGUGGAGGUGAACGGCCAGAUCGAGGCCGUGUGCGAGUCGGUCUUCAGCGAGAUGGAGUCUCAGGCGGUGGACGCCCUGGACCUCCCCAUGUCCAGCUGCUUCCGGAUGCGCAGUCACAGCUACGUCCGCGCCAUCGAGAAGGGCUGCUCCCAAGAUGACGACGAGGGGGGCGUCACGGUGGUGGGCGUCGACCUGAGGGCUAUCUCACCUCCUCGGAACACCACGACCGUCCGGACCAUCCAGAGCAGCACAGUGUCGUCAUGCAUCACCACAUACAAGAAGACGCCUCCGCCAGUGCCCCCGCGCACCACCCCGUCCAAACCCUUCAUCUCCAUCACGGCCCAGAGCAGCACAGAGUCGACCCAGGACACCUACAUGGAUGGGGGGUCUGGCCCCCGGACCCACAUGAGCAGCUCUCAACCCGGCCUCUCCAACUCCACCGAGAGCAUCGACAGCAUGAAGGCCCUGACAGCAGCUAUCGAGGCGGCUAAUGCCCAAGUUCAUGGUCCGGCCAGCCAGCAUGUCACCAACAGCACCAUCACCAUCACAGCCACUGCCACAACCACCGCCUCCAGCGACAGCAAGAGGGACGCGCUCCGCAAGUGUCUCUCCAUAGGCAUACAGGUGGACGGGCCAGAGGAGGUCAGUGGGUCAGAGGAAAAUUCCAAGUUCCAAUCGGUGGGCAUCCAAGUGGAAGAGGAGAGAUGUUACCGCAGGAUGACCAGGUCCAACAGUGUGACCGCGGCGGUCCAGGCCGACCUAGACGACCCCGACUACUGCCCUGCCGCCCCCACUGAGGUGUCGUCGCGUCACUCGGCCACCAUGCCCCGGCAGUUUUCCCGGGACGCUGCCACCUCCACUGUCUCAAUCCAGGGCUCAGGGAAUCACUACCAUGCCCUUCCCGCGGAGGAGUACAGCGAGGUGGGCUUCGACCCCUCCAUCCUGCCCCCGCCAGACCCAUGGAUGGACCAGGUGGACGACCCCGUGGAGGCGGUGGGGGGAGGGACGUCCGUCUGUCCCAGGGAUGGCCGCUGGUUCCUCAAGCUGCUUCAGGCCGAGAUGGAGCGUAUGGAAAGUUGGUGCCGACAGAUGAAGCGGGACGAGAUGGAGAACGAGCUGCCGGAUGAGGUCCUGGGGAAGAUCCGCAGUGCAAUAGGCAGCGCCCAGCUGCUUAUGUCUCAGAAGUUUCAGCAGUUUCGGGAGCUGUGUGAGGAGAAUCUGAACCCCAACGCACACCCCAGACCCGUGUCUCAGGAUCUGGCUGGAUUUUGGGACAUGCUGCAGCUGUCAAUUGAGAACAUAAGCUUAAAGUUUGAUGAGCUACACCAACUCAAAGCCAAUAACUGGAAACCCCUGGACCCCCCGGAGAUCAAGGAGAGAAGGUUUGCCCCUCCAGUGCCAAAGAAGCCCCACAAGGGCCACCCUCCCCUGGCCAGGGACCGUUCGCUGGAGAGCUCUGAGAGGCAGCGGCAGGAGGCUCGAAAGCGCCUGCUGGCCGCCAAGCGGGCCCUCUCGGUCCGACAGAGCUCAGCCACAGAGUGCGCAGCGGACAGUAUCGAGAUCUACAUCCCGGAGGCCCAGACCAGACUAUGAGACACACACACCAACGAAGGAACACACACACCCGCACACACCAAGUAACACUGUUAACAAUGAUUGCCAGGGUAAGGUGCUUGUAAUAUAAUCCCAUCUUUAUUGACUUUCACGGGAAAAGGGCGGGAACAGUCACAGGAUAGCCUGACGAGUGAGAAGACUCUAUGUCCCUUUCUUUUUAGAAUUCCCUUAUGUCCAAUUGAGCCUCUCCCUUGUACUUUCAGCUUUGAUGUAGCCACACCCCUCACUCCACAACCCCUAAAGACGUUUACUCUUUUGAUGCCAUUUCCGGUUUAUUGUCAUCCCACUAACCGUGUGAGUGACCGGUUGCCAACAACAGGUAUAGCAGUCCCACCUGUUGUGCGUAAUGUUUCUCAUUCACCGGAACAGAAGGCACGUUCGGGGCAGGGAGGUGGACUAGUGUGCACGGACUGAGCGCUUUAGAUAAUGGGGUGUCAUAGAGCCUGAGAUAGCACCUGCUUUUGUGCACUGCUUUUGUUAAAAGUAGUGCACUGCAGGGACAAUAGGGUGCCAUUUGGGACGUCCACAGCCUCUCCCCUCUGUUGAGCCUGAGUGGGACUGUGACUCAGUACAAUGACAACAAGGAAACCUGUGGGAUCCCUGUGGGAUGCUACUGUCAUUGGGUUCAUAACACAUAUACACACACACGUGUGAAAAUACGUUGUAUUUUCGCACACACCUAUUCUCGAGAGACAUUUGAGGUAAUUGACCUAAACCUGUUUGUUAGGGUAGAACACCUGACACAUGGCAAAUCAAUGUAGCACUGACCAAUCAAACUGUAUGUUUUAAAUCGUUUCAUUUAUUUAGAAAAUCUUGCAGUUUAAGUUGAAUUUUCACCAAGUAAAAAUCUUGCUUUGUAAUAACUGGAAUUUAGCAUUGGAACUGGACACCGUUAGCUGUGGUCGACGUAUCUUCAAACAUAAUAAAAUAAAAACAGUAUACCAUAAUUGUUUAUUACCCAUAUUUUAGUCCGAUAUUAUCAUGAACAACUAGGUUUUCUAUUAAAGCAGCAGUGUUGUUACACACUAUUUUAUUCUGAUAUUCAAAGCCUUCAGAAUCAGUGCAGUUGGAAGGUGUACAGCACAGAGAAUAAAUGUUUCUAACCUAAAACUUUCUUUAGAUGGGAUUUGAGUGACCUGAGGUGGAGUUCUGAUUCAUACUGUGGUGUUCGCCAGUAAUUAAUACUUUGUAAAGUAAAUAAAAACAAUGAACAACAAAACUAUUGUGUUACGACAGUGACGCCAUAGUUCCUUUUUUACUUCCAAUGAAGUCUUUCAGGUUGCAGGAGCAGUGGCUUGAUUGUUCUACACUCUCCAGAGUCUGACCUUUAGGGGUUAUAGGUCACUCCAGUGAUCUGGUGUAGACGGCGCUAAUCCUGCCUGGAAGACAGGUAUGUAGUUAGGUGGGCGCAUGGCAAGCUCUCAGAGAAAGCUCAGUGCGGUGACGUCGAGGGCAAAGGGGUUGCAAAUGAGGGUGUGUGUUCGUGCGUGCGCGCACUUGCACAUAUGUUCAUGUUUGCAUAUUGCUACUUCUGUGUGUUCCAGUGCAUAUGUGUCUGUGACGGCAGGUGUGUUUGUGGAUGAAAUGCAUACAUGAGGUUUAAGUGCUUGUUUUUGAAGUGCUUCCCCAUUUUACCUUACACUAUUCACGUGUCCCAAAUGCUCCCCUAUUCCCCACCCUGUGCACUAUGUAGGUAAUGUGGGAUCAUUUGGGAUGUGUUCAUCAUAGCAGAAAUGACACACUGCUACGAAGCCAAACCUAAACAGGCCCUGAAUAUUGUUUUCACACUCAGCGAUGUGUGGUUGUUCAAACACGCUGUCUGAACGUGUUACGACACCAGACGCACGCUAACACCAGCUAAUUUAUAUGCUGUCAUUUGGUUCUUGCAUAUUUUAUUUUCAUUUUUAUCAUAUUGUAUAAUACUGUGCUGGGUAUUAAAUUUGUCUACGCCCACUAGCGACCUGUGAUGUUAAGGCACUCGUGUAAAAGGGGUACCGUUUAAUGUCAAGUGUUGCCAUUGUUAUUACAAGGCGUUUUGUUACUCAAAAAAAGGAACGUGGGAAAUGUCUUCUUUCAUCUACGUAGCAUCAGAAGAUCCAAGCUGAAGUGCAACCUUUUGAACGUAGCUUCAAAAAGAAUCAUGUUCUACCUUUAAUGGCGUUUUAUAUCCACGGUUUAUUUAUGAAUCCUCAGAUUAUUAUUGUUAUUGUAAUGCACUGACGAGGCCCUUAUACUGUGUUUUAUUAUACUUUUUUGCUUUAUUUACACUGCUUUUAUUCUGUUUUAGUAAUCAGCCUUAAUUUACACUCUGUAAUGUAUUAUGUCGAGCACAAAUAAGCCUCAGGGGAAGAAAAUGAAUUUGUGCAUGUGUGAGUAUGACUGUGUGUGUGUAGAGGUUGUGAAAAGGCUUUGUCUCAUACUGUAAAUAAACCCAGCAUUCCAAAUGGCACCCAGGUCUCUAUGUAGUGCACUACUUGCCUUAUGGGCCCUGGUCCAGAGUAGCCCACUUAAAAGGGCUAUGGGGUGCCAUUUGGGGACACACACCUCCAAAUUACAGGAGGUCUGUGGUUUCAUGGUUAAGACCAACUUCUCAUGAUUGAUUCCUUUGGUCAAAAGACAGUUGCUUCUUCACUGCGACCAACAAAUUAGGUUGCAUUUUCUUUAUAUGAAUGUUUUUUAUGAGCUACUAUGGGGGAGACAAUCGUGAGCAAAUAACACAUUUUCUUUAGUGGUACAAUUUUUGAGGUUUGUGGGUGUUUGUAAGGCCUAUAAGCACUAUUGAAAAAGAUUAGAAAGUUGGACGCAAUUCAAUCAAUGCCUCAUUAGAGUAUUUACGCAGACAGAUUCAACAAACUGGUCUUGGUAUUAUAUAAAAACCUACCAGAGUAUGCUCUCAUUUAAUUUGUGAAUCCGGGAUAAAUAAUGUAAAAUAAACACACUGCGUGAAUAUUGCUAUGGCAGGUUUGAUCGAAUGCUGGCCAUUAUUAGCAUUUUGUGAAAUUGGUUAACAGUUACUAACACUGGAAAUCCAUGAUCUUGACUGACAUUUAAAAGUCAAAUAUGUGAUGGAAUGGAAUUCAUCUUGAAAUGUAUUGAAUUUUACAGAUAAUAUUCAAAAGAUAAUAUAGCCUUUUUACCCAUUAGGUUUUACAGUAAUUUAAUAUAAAUGUGAUGCUCUUUAUAUUUUUAUUUCACCUUUUUAUUAUAAUUAAUUAAAUUGUAAGUGAAAUGACAAAGUUAUUUAUAGUUAUUAUAUUAACAUAUCAGAACCCAGCCAUUACAGGGAAAUUCAAGAAAGUGGUAAUGAAAGUGGUAAUUGCCAAACUAAAGACUAUAAGCAAUCCUGGUGAUUCUGAGCGUUGGGGGUUGUAAUGUAAUCCACGUAUAAGCAUAAAACAAUUAAAAUGAACGUUUGUACAUAAAUGAAUGUUUCCCUAUGUAAAUGUAAAAACAAUCUAACAUAUUAAGCAGAUAUACAUUUUGUAAUUAAUGUUGUUAUGGCACGUGUACGGAAAUUGAUCAGCAUUAAAAACCUUAAUGCCAUC